UUAUAUUACUUUAUAAAACAGCUAUAUUUCUACUUUAUAUAUUAUAUGCAAUGUUAAACGCCACUUCCAACAGAUUGUUUUCCGGUCUCAAUUUCUCUAAGCCAAAAUGUGAUCCUCCUACUCCAGAGGAUCACUUACUUUCACCUGCUAGCCUCAAGCGCAAGAUUGAAUCGGAACGCUUUUCUGAUUUAAAUGCUCGUUUAAAGCGUUAUUUUCAAUUAGUUCGGGAAAAGUAUCCCGACGAAGUUGAAAAGGUGGAGACUCGACUUAAGAAAGAACUUUCAGCCGAAAAGGAAAAACACAAAAAACAAUUGGCUAUAUUAAAUUUAGAGAUUGAAAAAGUUCGAGAAACUAAUUCCGAACUCUCUGCUAAAGUUGAGCGACUAAAGGUUCAGCAUACGAAGGAAGUUGAGCGUCUUCAAGAGGAAAAACGGAGCAUCACUAACUCCAUUACAGAAUUACAUGCUUCUUUGCUUGAUAAAGAAAAGAUUAUUAAGCAGCUUACUGAGGAAAAAAAGGGUUUUAAUAAAGAAGAAACUAAUUUGAAAAAAGAAAUUCGUAGUCUUCAAACAGAAUUAAACCAAUCUAAUUCAGAUAAAACAAAAGUUAUUACGGGUUUGCAAGAGGAUUUAAAAAAGCAACUCGACGAAAAUAAUCGAAUCAAAGAAAGCUUGAAGAAUCAGUUGGACGCUUUAAAGAAAGAAUAUAAAGAAAAAGAAGAAAAGUUGUUAUCGGACUCUGCGGCUCGUUUAGAAUUGCGCUUGUCUCAAGCUACUUCGGAGCAUGAGAAAAGGGAACAGCAAUUACUAAAGAAAACGGAGUUACAGUACCAAAAUAUUUUGAAGGCUAAAGAUUCGGAGUACAAUGCAGUGCUGAGCGAGAGAGACAAGGUUUUAAGAGAGCUCGACGUGCUUUCUAAAGAAAAUUCUGAACUUAAAAAUAAACUUGAAUUUCUGAAUCAACAAAUUAAUUCGUAUGAACACGAAGUGAAAAAAUUAGAAGAUGGAAGAGCAGAACUCCAAUUAGAAAUUGAAUUUCUUGACGGUUUACUCAGCGAAGAAGAAAAACGAUUGGCUCUUACUUCUACCAACGCGACGCCCAUCACUUUUUUUUAUAAUGGUACAAAAAUUGAGAGCGGGCGAAAGAGACGCAGAAGUUCUAUAAAACAUGAAUUUAGCCAAGGUGCUCCUUUUGCCAAAAGAAAUAAUAUCGUUCAUCUAAAGGCUGAAAUAGUGGAUAAAUCUGGAGAUGUUUCCAUUGAAGAAAUUGAUGUUGAUGGAAAUUUUGUUCGACUUAAGAACACAACAUCCCACGAUAUUAACAUGACCAGUUGGUUUUUGAGGGCGUACUGCGACACCAGCGGGAUAUUCUGUGAGUUUGUAUUCCCCGAAAAUUACGUCAUCAAUGGCAAGAGCACUAUAACAAUCUACACUUUACUGCAUCGCGGGGCCGUCGAUGAGGAACGUGAUUUGCUGUGGGAAACUGAAGACCCCAUUUGGGUAAACGAAGCUGGAUUCAUAGAGCUUUUCGAUUCCCAUAAAGAAUCUGUCUCUGCUGGAAAAGUGGAAGAAGUUUAUGACGGAAAUAAGAGUCGUUGUGCUCAGCAAUAGUUCAAUUAAU